AUGAUCAAGGUGCCAUUCUUUAAUCUUCUAGUGUUCAAUCUGAUUGUUAUAUUUUUACUUGGAGUGGCAUAUAAAUCAGUGAAUUUUGCAAUGAAAGUAACAAAAGAUGCACUAUGUCCAAACGAAAGUGUCUACGAAGAAGGAGCUCGAAUUUCCUUGUUCGCCAACACAAUUCGCUCUCCUAACGAUCCAUGUUAUGUACGCCCAUACUUCGAGUUGCCGUUCUGCCCUCCUUACUCUCCUAGAGUUAAACACAAGCGAAAGAAAUCUCUGGAAGAAAUUCUCCUAGGCGAUUGCUUCAAUGAAACUAGAUACGAUUUCAUAUUCAAGAAAGAUGUACUUGGGAGAGUCCUCUGCGAGAAGGAACUGUCAAAAGUGGAAGUUGCAAAGUUCAGGGAUGCCAUAGAACGCGAAUCUCUGGUGGACGUAUUCUUGAACAACAUUCGCUUGCAGCACAAGGUGGGGACAAUGAAGAAAGUUGAUCUCGACACUGGAACAAUCUAUUCAAGGCCCAAGUUUUAUCUUUACAAUCAUGUGAAUUUUUUUCCGUAUCAUUACAAGAACAAAGUAGCACACCUGGCAGCUCUGAGUGCCAUUGAUUCUGCUGCGGAUAUAACUGAAGAUGCCGCAGUUAAAGUCAAAUUCACGUACUCUGUCCUCUGGAAAGGACUCGACAACAGUCAGGAUAGUUACGAGACCAUGACUAGAGAUUGGUGCAGCAUUGAUUGGAGAACAGUAGUGUAUUCGGCUGCAAUUAUUUCCUCCUGGGUGUGGUUGCUACUGUAUGCUAUUGUUCGUCCAUAUGUUCGACGUUAUUUCAACGAGCCUUCUCAUGACGUAGAAAACUCCAGGAACGUUGUCACUUCGCUUCAUAAUGGUGCGCUUGCAAAUCCUCCGUACUCUUCCUUAUUUGCUGCUUUCCGGGCCGUUGGAAUUCAGCUGUUUGUUACGAUUUGUGCUCUCUUUGCUCUGGUAAAUGCUGGAAUUUUGAGACCGUGUAAUGUGGAUAUUUUAUAUGAGUACCUUCUUGGAAUUUACUCUUUAACGUCUUUGGUUUCUGGUUACGAAGCUACUUCGUUUAAUAGUCAAUACAAUAGACAUGGACAGAAGGAAUGUAUCUUGCACACUGGAGUCUUGUACCUAGUUCCAGUGUUCCUUACAGUCUUUUCAUUCACUAUGAUGGCAAAAGUAGCAAUCGAAUCUCCAAUUCUACCUCAAGUCGUUGAAGUCAUAAAUUUUGUUAUCUGGGGGUCCUGCACAAUAUUUUUCCUGAUUUUAGGAGGUAUAAUAGGGCAUUAUUCUUUUAAGUAUUUCAAUUCUGAAUCUAGAGAACUUGAUGUUAGUACCAAUACCAUUGCUAGCGCUAGCCCCAACGCCAGCACAAGCACUAGCGCCAACAUAAGGGCAAGCCCCAGUGCCAGGUCUAAAAGAAGUGCCGAGGCUAGCACAAGAGCCAGCACCAGCACCAACACUAGAACUAGCAGAAACAGAAAUCAGAUAGAACCUAAGCAUUCUAGGUUAAUAAGCACAACUGUUCAGAUGUUUCUUGGGGGGUUCCUACCAUUCUUGGUGAUCUUAUACCGUAUGGAUGAAAUAUAUGCAAGUCUUUGGAACUUGAAAGUUUGCCACGCAUUUAACCUCUUGCUUAGAUCUUUCAUUAUGGUCUCCGUCGUGACUAUAAUGGUGGGAAUGGCUUUUACAUUCUACCAGAUGCAUCUUAAAGAUUAUAACUGGUGGUGGAGGUAA